AUGACUUAUCAACAAUCGGACAUGUAUCACGAUCCUUCUGCGCGUUCCCCCGGCUCCCAGCGGCAUCAGCAACCUUUACACCGCCAGCCUUCUCGCCAGUUCGACGCUUACGGCCCGAUGCCUGUCAACCCGUACGAGGAUCAGAUGGCCCGCUACGAGACCGCCCGACUGGAGCGGUUGAACCCGUCAAUGCAGAACAAUUCCUACGCUUAUGAUCUCUCGGGCUCGCAGACCUGGAACCCUAAUGGUUUCAACAAUGCUCAGUCUCUGGGGACCUGGCUUGAUCAGCAACCGGGCAUGCCUAACGCCUUUUCCAAUCUGGGCCCUGGUCCCAUUCAGAGCAGUGCGAUGCGACCGGAAGCAUCGGCUUCCUCGGAGGGCGAUGACGAACUCAUCCCGACCGCGAUCGUCAUCAAGAACAUCCCCUUCGCCGUCAAGAAGGAGCAGCUGGUGCAGCUCAUGACGGAGUUGAACCUGCCCCUGCCCUACGCCUUCAACUACCACUUUGACAACGGCGUUUUCCGUGGUCUGGCCUUUGCCAACUUCACCUCAGCGGAGGAGACCGCAACCGUGAUCGAGGUUUUGAACCACUUCGAGUUGCAGGGCCGGAAAUUGCGGGUGGAAUACAAGAAGAUGCUACCCCUGCAGGAGCGUGAACGGAUCGAACGAGAGAAGCGAGAGCGUCGCGGUCAGCUCGAAGAGCAGCACCGUCCCAUGCCCUCGACUCUACAGACCCAGAGUUCCAUGUCUUCCCUCGCCUCGCACAUCCCCGCUACUUCGCCUUCUCCAGUCUCGCAGCGUGGCCAGAAAAUCGGUAAGCUGAAAUUUCCUCCUCACGAGUCGUCCGAAAAACUCACCCCUGAAGAAGGACAAGUGGAAGUGGACCUGAACGACAGCCAAACUCUUUCCUACUACUCCCAACUUCUGCUGUUCAAGGAAGAUACCGCUCGUGAUUCCGUGAUCUUCCCUCCCAACCUCACCCCGUCCCAGCGACGCACGGUUCACACUCUGGCUCACAACAUGGGGUUGGCCCACGCUUCCCGCGGUAACGGCGAUCAGCGCCAGGUUCAGGUUUUCAAGGUCGCCGCUGGUACCAGUGUCAGCCCGCCCCUGUCAUCGAUUCCUCCCGCUGGUCAGAACGACACCCGUCGUGGUCUGAACCGUGCCGCCACCAUUGACUUUAGCGAGGCUCGCAACGAGGGUGGCCCCAACUCUUUCAACACCAUGCGCGGCCAGAACUCGAACUUCCUGGGUGUGAUGGAUUCUCCCGGCAACUAUGCCAAUACGCAGAACCUGCGCGCCGCCAAGUCGUUUGCUGAUCUGCGCUCCUACACGCCGUCCCCUGUCCCCUCCUCCGCCAGCUUCCCGGCCGCCCUUCAAUCUAACGGCGCCCGUCUUCAGUACGAGAAUUCUCAAACGGGCACUUCCAACACCCCGACUCUCACCUCCGCCCCGUCCGGCUCGUCCCUGGGCAUGCAACGUGACGAUAACCUUUUGGUCAACAGCCUGGGUGGUCUCUCUCUUGGCACGGGCAUCGGAGGCCCUAACUCCAGCCCCCGACGACUGCGUGGUAUGUUCUCCUGGGAUCAGGACAGCCAGCCCUCGUCCGCAGGCGCGAUUGGCAGCAACCGUGGAAUGGGAGUUGGAUUUGACAAUGCCCAGCAAGAGCGCAUGCCGAUCCGACAGCCUCGUGGCCCGACCCCCGAGAAAGGCACCGGUUUCCGUCGUCAGAACGGCCACCAGGCCCGCGGCAGUGACGAACUUCGCGCCACUUCGGGCGUCGAGAUCAUUGUUGAGUAA